AUGCUUGCUGGUCUGGUGCUGCUUUCUCAUCAUUGGAAAGUCGUCUCUCUCCAUUGCCGGUCCAGUGCCAUCCGAGGAAAGCGGUGCAGGACCGUUGAGUAUCUAUCGGAUGAGGAGCGACCCCCUGAGGUCGCUCCAGAUGCUGCAGACACCACUGAGGCUGAAGCAUCCACAGUGCAGCUGCGGCGACCCGGCCGUGCGCGAGCCUCCCAGGCCAGGACCAUCGACAGCCUGUCCGAUGACGAUCAGACUGAUGGCUUGGCACGACGAUCGAGCGAUGCCGCAGCAGAUGCUCCAGACGCGGCUGAAGCAUCCACAUUGCAGGUGCGGCGGCCAGGCCCUACAGGACUCUCCGAGGGACGACAGUCAGGCAUUGGCCUGAGAUCCAGACUACAACGGGUGGCACCAGCUGCCCACUUGUUGCAGUCGAGGCUCGUACAGCUGACGAAGCGCCGCUGCAAAUGCAGAGGCCAGACAUGUCUUCAGAAGCUUGCCGGCAACGUUGCUGGCCUCAAGAAGCUACGCCAAGAGCUCCGAUCUCUUGACAAGAGAGAUGCUGAUGUGCGGAUUCAUGCAAUGUUGACGGCAUCUGCUACGCUGUCGCUGUCGGUGUUGCAGGUUCCGGUCUGCCAGAUGGCUUUCAGAAUGUUGCUGGGAAUUGGCACGGCCCGCUUCCGGAAGCUCAGGCUUGCAGCUGCUGCACAAAAGCCCGCUCCGCUAGAUGGCCGCUUCGGGCAUCGCCUGUUCUUGACGAGGAACAAAGGCAGCAAGGCGAAGCGUGAAGUGGUUGUGCAGUUUCUCCAAGAGCUGUAUGAGACUGCUGCUGAACCACUGCCCAAUGUUCAUGGCAAGCCUCCGGAGGAAGCAGCUGCACUCACGGCAGCUGCAAGGUUCGAGGAUCGUCGCCCGGAGGGCCGUCAGUUCAUGGCUUUUCGGCGCCACCGCGGCCGCCGGCCUCGAGAGAUGCGAGAGAUGCGCUGCCUCCCGCCAGGGACCUUCACCGACUAUUUGAAUCUGCUGAAUGCUCGGCUGAAUGCUGGGGAGAUCAAAGGGCACGAGAACGUUCAGAAGAUCAGCCUCAAGUUGUUCAACAAGGUUUGGUCCCAGUCGUUCCACAAGCUGCUGUCGAUCCGUGAAUAUUCUCAGCACUCCAAGUGCGCCAGCUGCAUGAGACACAAGCUGAUUGUGUCCAGGCUGGGCAACGAUUGGAAGGCGCGCCAGGCGCAGAUGAUCGCAUACGGCUCCCACCUUCGUCGUCAAUACGAAGACAGGGUUCAGUAUUGGGCCACACGGGCUCAAAGCCGGAUCCGUGCUCUGAGCGUGCGACAAUUGAGGACCAUCUGCAUCAUUGUCGACUCCAUCGACCACUCCAAACUGCGCUGGCCCCGCAGCCUGGUGCUGCAGAGUAAGGACUUCGCUUCGUUCGUCAGACCGCACCUCACGUGCACAGGUGUAAUAUGCCACGGAUACUCCGCUUUACUCUGUAUCAGUGAAGGGCACGUGAGCGCCGACAGCUCUCGCACAACCGAGAUCAUCAUGCACACCCUACAAAGACUGCAGCGCGACAUGGUGGAUCUUCGGGCGUGCCAGCUGGUCAUCCAGUCUGACAACUGCUCGAAGGAGGGCAAAAACAAUACCCUCCUCCGAGCAUUAUCGGGGUUAGUCUCCUCGCGCCGCUUGGGCAGGUGUGAACUUCGCUAUUUAGAAAGCGGACACUCUCACGAGGACGUCGACGCUUGGUUUGGCUUGUUGGCAGGAUUCAUAGAGCAGCACCAGGAGGUUGAUUCUCCAGAAGCUUUCGUGGACCUUCUCAAUGCUUUCUUGCAUGCGCAGCCGCGCCCGCACGAGCAGGAUCGAGCGGUGGUGAAGUUAGACCAGGUCAGAAACUGGUCCUUCGGUCUGGAUGUGGCAUUGAAAAUGAUGGUUUGA